GUUUGGCUCCGCUCGGCUCCGCUCGGCUCCGCUCCGCUGCCCGCCCGCCAUGGCCCGGCGCAGCGCCCUCUCCAUCCGCAUCGUGGAGGGCAGGAACCUGCCCGCCAAGGACAUCAUGGGGAGCAGUGACCCGUACUGCAUCGUGAAGAUCGAUGAUGAGGCCAUCAUCAGGACUGCCACGGUGUGGAAGACGCUGUCCCCGUUCUGGGGGGAGGAAUAUGAGGUGCAGCUCCAGCCCGGUUUCCACAGCAUCUCCAUCUACGUCAUGGACGAGGAUGCCCUCAGCCGUGAUGACAUCAUUGGGAAGGUCUGCAUCACCCGGGACAUGCUGGCAGAGCACCCCAAGGGAUACAGUGGCUGGAUGAGCCUCAGCGAGGUGGACCCUGAUGAGGAGGUGCAGGGGGAGAUCCACCUGCGGGUGGAGGUCCUGGGCAGCCAGGGCAGCCGGCGGCUGCGCUGCUCCGUGCUGGAGGCCAGGGAUUUGGCCAGGAAGGACCGGAAUGGUGCCUCCGACCCCUUUGUCCGCCUGCGCUACAACGGGAAGACACAGGAGAGCACCGUGGUCAAGAAAUCCUGUUACCCUCGCUGGAACGAGACCUUCGAGUUCGAGCUGGCCGAGCCCGCUGAGGAGAAGCUCUGCGUGGAGGUGUGGGACUGGGACCUCGUCGGCAGGAACGACUUCCUGGGCAAGGUGGUGUUCAGCGUCCAGGGGCUGGAAGCAGCUGGGCAGGAGGAGGGGUGGUUCAGGCUGUGGCCAGACAAGUCCAAGCCGACAGAGGACGAGCGCCGAGGCAGCCUGGGCUCGCUGCAGCUGCAGGUGAAGCUUCGGGACGAGACGGUGCUUCCCUCCCACUGCUACCAGCCCCUGGUGCAGCUCCUGUGCCAGGAGGUGAAGUUGGGGCGCCAGGAUGGCCAAGUGCACCUGGUCACCCUCCUGGAUGAAACCACCACGGCCGAGUGCCGGCAGGAGGUCGCCAUCAACUUGGUCAAACUCUUCCUGGGCCAGGGGCUGGUCAAGGAGUACCUGGACCUGCUCUUUGAGCUGGAGCUGGCCAAGCCCUGUGAGCCCAACACUCUAUUCCGGAGCAACUCGCUGGCCUCGAAGUCGAUGGAGUCCUUCCUCAAGGUGACAGGGAUGCCAUACCUGCACUUUGUCCUGGGCCCCACCAUCACCCGCGUGUUCGAGGAGAAGAAAUACGUGGAGCUGGACCCCGGCAAGGUGGAGAUCAAAGACGUCGGGUGCUCGGGGCUGCACCGGGUGCAGACGGAGGGCGAGGUGAUCGAGCAGGGCCGACAGCACCUCCAGUCCUACCUGGGCGAGCUCCUGGACGCCAUCGUCAGGUCGGCCCCGGCGUGUCCGCCCCUGAUCCGCGCCGCGUUCCGCCAGCUCUUCCAGCGCGUCGGGGAGCGCUUCCCGCAGCACCAGGUCGGGCUGUGGCGGGGGACGGUGUGGGGCCAAACAGGGACAUCCCCAGGGGACAGCGCUCUCUGGGUGUGGUCAGUGGGGUCCCCUCUUGGGCAAGCAGCAGCCCCGGCCACCGGCGCAUCGCUGUUUGUGGGGUUGUCCCACGCUGGGAGAGACCCUCACGUGUGUUCCCCACCCCCUCGGUGGUCCCAGCACGCCAAAUUUGUGGCUGUCACCAGCUUCCUGUGCCUGCGCUUCUUCUCGCCGGCCGUGAUGACCCCCAAGCUGUUCCAGCUGCGCGCCGCGCACGCGGACGCGCGGACCAGCCGCACGCUGCUGCUGCUGGCCAAGGCCAUCCAGCUGGUCGGGAACAUGGAGCCGGCGGCCGGGCGCGCCAAGGAGACGUGGCUGUCGCCGCUGCUGCCCGUCCUGCAGCAGGGCACGGCCCGCAUGAGGGACUUCAUCACCCGCCUGGUGGGCACGGAGGAGGGCGAGGGUGAGGGGCGGCCGCUGGGGCCCCCGCCGGCCGUGGUGAAGGAGGGGCUGCUCCUUGUGCACAAGACACGGGGCAAGGGGCCGCUGCUCGCUGCUGCCGCCGGCAAGAAACUCCAUUUCUGCCUCACCGGGGAGUCCCUGAGCUUCGGCAAGAGCCCCGGUGCGGAGGUACGGGCGUGCUGGGGGGGGCGGGGGGGCGGCAGCGGGGUGGCGCUGACCCCCUCUGUGUGCGCGUGUCCCUUCCAUCAGCGUAUCGGUGCCAUCGCCCUGGGCGACAUCCUGGCGGCCGAGAAGGUGGAGGAGAAGAGCUUCGGCAGCUCCCACGUCAUGCAGGUGGUCUACAUGGCCACGGGCGGGCAGCAGGAGACGGCCUACCUGCAGUGCAAGUGUGUCAACGAGCUGAACCAGUGGCUCUCAGCCCUGCGCAAGGCGUGCGGCAACAACCCCCGCGUGCUCCGCUCCUACCACCCCGGCGUCUUCCGCGGCGACAAGUGGAGCUGCUGCCACCAGCGCGACAGGACAGGGCUGGGAUGCGACCGGACCCGGCACGGCGUCACGCUGCAGGACUGGAGUGACCCGCUGGACCCCACGGUGGAGGCUCAGCGGCUCUUCCAGCACCUCCAGGGCCUCCGGGGCACCCUCAGGGACAAGUACUGGGAGCUGCUGGAGCCGGAGGAGGCCCAGAACGGCCGCCGGGGUGAAGACGCUGCCCUGCCCGAGGGGCUGAGCCGGCUCUUGGCGGUGCUGGGGGACCUGGAGCGCUGUCACCGCCGGGCGCAGCCCCCGGCCCCGGCCCCGGCCCUGCUGCAGCUGCAGACGUGAGGGGGCCCCGGGGAGCGCGGCCCCGGCAAUAAAGGCACUUUGUACCCUG